AAAUGUAUUCAAACAAAAAUAAAAAGCAAUUGUCUAAACAUGUUUUUUUGUUUUGUAUCCACUUAACGAAUUAUUUAACAAUUACAGGUCAUAAAAACACCAGGAUGAUAACCUGUUCAGGAUGACAGCGAGGGGCGUUGUCAAAGUGCUGGACAUUGGCACGCUGAACACAGACAACUUCCUGGAGGCGGUGAAGGCGGUGCUUUAUGAGCCGUCCUACAGGGAGAAGGUGCAGGAGCUCUCCAGGCUGCACAGAGACCAGCCCAUGAAGCCUCUGGACCGAGCCAUGUUCUGGAUCCAGUUUGUCAUGAGACACAAGGGAGCUGCUCACUUAAAGACCCACUCCUACAAGAUGUCCUGGAUUCAGUAGCACUCCACUGAUGUGAUCGCACUGUUGCUAGUGUCGGUCAUGAUGAUGUCACUGAUUUGUAUUUUAACAGUGAAAUGUUUGUGUUGUAAAGUGUUUAAUGGGAGGAAAGAAAAACUGGACUAAUACAGAGACUCAUGUUGCCCUGUUUGUACUUCUGUUCUGUGUUUUAUUGAGCAGUUGAGCUUUUUGUAACACCAGCAGAAAAGUAAAGAGGGAAAAAGAAAGUUGUAUAAAAUGAAACAUGUUUAAUUUCAGUGUAAAUCUGUAUCUUGUAUCAGAGUUUUAAUGAUGAAUGUACAGCAGCACAAAAUAAAUGUCGCCUCUUUGGAGCUGAAAA